AUGACGGGACGCGUGUGUAAUCUCCACCUCACAUCCCUCCAUCAGCCGCUCGCUGACCUCUGACAGCAAACACGGAAGCAGCAUGGCGUCAAACGGCAGCAGCAGGAGCAGCACCGCACAGCAAAGACUCAGGAUCAUUGCCGGACAUUUGCAGAAACGGCCAGAAGAUGAAAACACGAGCGUCGCUGCGCACGAGUGCAAAGCCGAGACGUCCCGAUCCGACCCGAGCAGCCUGACACCGGUACCGAAAAGGAGGCAGGAGGUCAUGAAGUGGAAUGGCUGGGGUUACAGUGACUCGAGGUUCCUGUUUAAUAAAAAGGGUCAAGCAGAGUUCACAGGCAAACGGUAUCGGUUGAGUGGGCUGAUUUUACCAAGUCUGAAGGACUGGUUUGAGGGCACGUUUGGAGCCAAUUUACAGCACAAAUCUCCUGCGACACCCACUCUGAAUUUAAGUGCAGUCGCGCCGCCCAACCUGAACGAGCCCUUCAUGGAGGAUCUGAAAGCAGCGGGUGUGUCCAUGUCACAUGAUCCGGAGGACCGGGUUUUCCGAGCGCAUGGUCACUGCCUGCAUGAGAUCUUUGCCCUGCGCGAGGGGAGGAUCGGACGCGUGCCCGACAUGGUGGUUUGGCCGAGCUGUCACAGUGAUGUGGAGAAGAUCGUGGAUCUGGCCUGCAAACACAACGUCUGCUUGAUACCCUACGGAGGUGGUACGAGUGUGUCCAGUGCUCUAGAGUGCCCUCGUGAGGAGACUCGCUCCAUUGUUUCUUUAGACACAUCUCAGAUGAACCGAAUAUUGUGGAUUGAUGAGAAGAAUCUAACGGCGCAUGUGGAGGCUGGAAUCAUCGGACAGGAUCUGGAGAGACAGUUGAACGAGCAUGGUUACUGUACGGGCCACGAGCCGGACUCCAUGGAGUUCAGUUCUCUGGGCGGCUGGGUGGCGACGCGCGCCUCAGGCAUGAAGAAGAACAUCUAUGGCAACAUUGAGGACCUGGUGGUGCAUAUAAAGAUGGUGACCCCUAGAGGAGUGAUUGAGAAGAGCUGUCUGGGGCCCCGCAUGUCCACUGGCCCCGACAUACAUCACUUCAUAAUGGGCUCAGAAGGAACUCUGGGAGUGGUGACUGAAGUUACAAUGAAGAUCCGACCCGUUCCUGAGUAUCAGAAGUACGGCUCUGUUGUCUUCCCAAACUUCCAGCAGGGUGUGGCGUGCCUGAGAGAGGUGGCCAGACAGAGAUGUGCUCCAGCAUCCAUUCGGCUAAUGGACAACGAGCAGUUUCAGUUCGGUCAUGCGCUCAAGCCACAAGUGUCCUCCAUAUUCACCUCAUUCUUGGACGGGUUGAAAAAAUUCUACAUAACAAAGUUUAAAGGCUUCGACCCGCACCACCUGUGUGUCGCGACGCUCUUAUUUGAGGGGGAUCGUGGGAAGGUUUUGCAGCACGAGAAACAGGUUUACGACAUCGCAGCCAAAUUCGGGGGACUGGCAGCAGGAGAGGAUAACGGUCAGAGGGGUUACAUGCUGACGUUUGUGAUCGCAUAUCUGCGGGAUUUGGGAAUGGACUACUACGUGAUCGGAGAGUCGUUUGAGACGUCUGUGCCUUGGGACAGGGUUUUGGACUUGUGCAGGAAUGUGAAGGAGAGGAUUGUAAGAGAGUGUAAGGAGAGAGGAGUACAGUUCCCUCCGCUGUCCACAUGCAGAGUUACGCAGACGUAUGAUGCAGGUGCUUGUGUGUAUUUCUAUUUUGCCUUUAAUUACCGGGGUCUGAGUGAUCCUGUUCAUGUCUACGAAAAAGUGGAGCAUGCUGCCCGGGAGGAGAUUCUAGCCAAUGGAGGAAGUCUGUCUCACCACCAUGGAGUGGGAAAACUCCGGAAGGAAUGGAUGAAAGAGAGCGUGUCCGGCGUGGGGCUUGGUAUGCUCAAGUCGGUGAAGGAGUUUGUGGACCCUCAGAACAUUUUUGGCAACAGAAACCUGUUGUAAUUCAGCAACACUCUAUAUUCAUGCGUUUUCUAUUACCUUUUAGUCAUAUUUGAUUUAAACCUCAUAAUCCUGUCUUUCUCAGUGUGUGAGCGCACAGUAACACGAUAAACCACUCCUCUGUUUCUCAUUAACACCAUCCUCUUGCGUUAUUGUCACCUUUAACCUUUGACCUCGUCUUUAGUGAGGUGGCAGGGCUCUAGCCUGCUCCUGAUCACGUGACUUUAUUUCUCGCCGGUCUUCCCAUGGUCAAACAGGUUUUUGAUACUGUAACAUCUGGAUGCUUCUGUGUCUGGCACUACUGUUGUUUCGUACAUUAGCAAUUAUUACAAUUAUGCUUUUUAAAGCAGUGUGCCUUCUGUCUGUCUGUCUCACACUCCUCUUUCUGAGUGACUAAAUGUUUUAUUAUCCUCUCUUCCUUACUGUACUUCUGCCUUUUCUAUUCGUCAGCUCGAUUAACUGUGUGUAUUGUAUUUUUGGGGUGAAUCUCAUGAAAAAUGUCCAAUUUGUAUUUCAUUCCAAUAAGAAUCUUUGGGCUUAAAAAAUAUGUACAAUUUCCCACCAAAUAAAAUAAAAAGUAAUAUAAAAAAAAAUAUAUAAUAAUUAUGGUAAUUAAAAUUAUUAUUUGUGUAAUCAGAAUGGGGGAAUACACUCUAAAAAAUGCUGGGUUAAAAACAACCCAAGUUGGGUUGUUUUAACCCAGUGGUUGGGUAGUUUUAUUUAACUCAACUAUUGUUUAAAAAUUACUGUGUGUCUGGAUUAAAAUGAACCCAAAAUAUGCUGGAAAUGAACAUUUAUUAAUGUUUAAUGAAUAAUAAUUAAAUAAACAUUUAUUAAAUUGCUUAUUAAUAAAUGUUGAUGAUUAUUAUUAUUAUUAUAAAUUAUUAUUAUUGUUGCCUCUAGUAAUUAUGUGUCUGAUUUUUAAUUUCCAACCUAUUUUGGUUUCAUUUUAAGCCAGCCAUAUAGUCAUUUUUUAAACAUUUAACCCAACCGCUGCUUUAAAACAACCCAAUCGCUGGGUUUGUCUAUUUUUAACCCAACUUGGGUUGUUUUUAACCCAGCAUUUUUAGAGUGUAUGCUUAACUGUCAUGAAUGUCAUGAAAAUUGCUCUAAUGUUACAUCUUUUUUAUAUAUAUAAUUUUAUUCUUAAUACUUUAUAAUAAGGUUUUAUUCACCAACAUUAGUUAAAGCAUUAGUUGACGUUAAUAAUGAUCAGUACAGAAUUUAUUAUUCUUAGUUAAUGGUAAUUUCCACAUACACAUUUUAACAUUAGUUAUAACAUCAGUAAAAGCUUUAUGAAUUAAUGUGAAGUAACAAGGAUCAAUAGUAUAUUUAUAAAUGGACUUGAACCAAACAUUUUUUGUCGUUCAGCAUUAACUAUUCUACACAACCUUAUUGCAAAGUGUUAUUAUUAAUUCUUCUUUUGAUUCUAGAAGGAGGGAAUGUGACGCAGACAUGUGUUCGUGAGAUUGACCCCUUUAAGAGGUGCAGUUUGUGUAUUGAGCCUGAUCUGUUGGAAACUGACCCUGUAAAUGUGGGUUUUGAACAGAGAUGUUGUGUCUUGAGCUCGUGCUCUGCCUGAUUUGGUUCGUCUUGAUCAUCUGAAUGAUCUGCAUCAAAUCUCUCCUUGUGUUUCUGCCAAAGACUGUCAGCAUCUCUUCUUCUGCAGACUUGCUUCAGCCACACACAUCUGUACAUCCUGUAUAUAAACAUGAUUACACGGUUUGGAGAGUAUGUUCGCCGAAGAUCCAUCACGAUAAAUUGUAUUUUUUUAACACAACAUAUGCAAAAAGCCAGAGAUGAUCUGAACUGGGAUCUAAAACAUUAAAUGUGACUGUUCCGUCUUUUGAUUUGUAUGCAUUCAUCUUUGAGGAAAUAUAAGCCUGUCUGAAUUCCUCCUCCUCCGUUCAUCUGUUGUCGAUUUCCCAGAAUGCAUCUGAGUUUAUUAUACUUUGAGAGUCCGUUAUGCUUUGGUUUGAUAUGUAGGAGAUUGCUUCUUUCAAAGAAGUAAUUGACUUAGAGCAGAUAAUCCUGUCAUUAUUUACUCAUUUUAAAUCUGUGGGACACAAAGAGAUGUCUGGAAGAACGUUCACGCUGCUCUUUUCUAGACGAUGGAAACGUAUGGUACACUGUAAACCCGAAUAAGCUGGCAAAACUCAGGCAAUCGGUUACAUCAAAAUUUAAGUUAAGAAAUUCAAAGUUUUAAAAGACAAAAAAGGUUUCAAAGUUUUUGUACUCUGACAUUUUAAUUGUUCUUAAAUUGAAAUAUUUGAGUAAACUAAUUCAUACAUUUAACUUAAAACUAUCAAGUAAUCUCAAUGUAAACAUUUUUAUUAUGCUAACUUGCUAACAUGUUAACAACAGCAUGGUAUAACACUUGCUGAAUGAUUAGCAAUAUAAAACAUUUAACAUGCUUGCUCUCAAAUCAAGCAGCAUGCUCCACUUGUCACCAUGACGGUAACUCUCCAUAAACCCACAUUAACAGAAACUCUUCUAAAUUAGCAUAACAAAACAUUAAUCGCUACUAAAUCUCCUACUUCACAUUAAUCUUGCACAAAAAAACAUUAUAAAACUCUUAAUUUUAGCAUUUACUCUCCAUUUCGAGUGCCAUAGGCAAAGCAUGCUGGGAAACAGAAAUCCCAGCCCAGUUUUAGUUAGUUAAGUUCAUCUAAAUUAAAGAAAUGAGUUCAUAAAACUCAGAACAAUAAAACAGUUCAGUUUACUUAAAAUAUAUCAGUUCUGUGAACUCAAAAGAAAAAGAAAGUGCUAAAUACUCAUAAAAGUUAAUUUGACUCAACUAAUUUGUUUAAUUUAAGUUUGUCAUACUCAAACCAAUGAAUUAUUUUGUGCGUUAGGGUUUACAGUGUAGCCAGGAAAAGGAUAAAAAGCAGUCAAAGCGUUAUUUGUACAUACUAAAAACCUUCCCCAAUCGCCAAAGCUCUGAAAUCUCAUUCACAUUUCUGUACAUUAAAAUUGCUGCAUCAUGAUCAUUUAUGAGACACAAACACUGCCGUUUGCCGUCAUUGAUAUCAAACAUGGUGCACAUUACAGAGUGCUGAAGGGAUGACUGCAAAACCCAGAAGACUAAUUCGCCCCUGGUUAACAUAACUUUACGAUACUUGGACGUUUUGCAAAUGACACGCCCAUAUCAAAACACACAUUUUUAAGCUGUUAUGUUUAUUUUAGAAAACGUGUAACUAGAUAAGAACAUGUGGGGUGUGAGUGUGUGCAGUUUACGCUGUAGAACAAAAUGUCCAAGAAUCUGCAAAACCCCAUAGGAAAAUCUCAAGGGAACCAGGGGUGAAUGAGUCUCCCGGGUUUUGACGUAUGAAUAUGUGCAAGAGACUUUCAUGUUACUUUUUGCUUUUUUAUAUUCGCUAUCAAUGUACUGAAAAAAGCAGCAUGAACAUUGUUUUCCUUUUUGUGUUUCACAGAAGAGAGAAAGCCGUAUUAUUUUGUAACGCAUGAGUGUUUGGACCUAAUGAUGAGUUGUUAUUUUGGAGUGAACUGUAGGCCUGUGCAGGCACUAAACUCUGCUGCUGUGUGGGAACAGUUUAAAUGUGGAAUAACUGAUUGAUGUAGUGUGUGCCCCGUUUAACAGGGUUUAGACGUCUCACUUUACUACGCUGGCACUUUUGUAAAACAUUUAAGCCUAAACAAACAAUCAAAUAGCCUGGCAGGUCUUUAUUUUCAGGCGUCCUGCCCAGCUGCUGAGAGACGCCACUCCUCGGCCCUGUCAAACAGGGCUGUGAUGUUCAGCAGAGCCUUCUCACCGGUUCCCAAACGACACUAGACCAUGUAUAAAGUGUCAGAGGAGCUUUUAUGUGUUAUCAAUCCAUCUGUUUCUGAACUAUUUUGUUGCUGAAACGCAAAAUGAAGGAUCUAGAGGAGGUUUCGCUGCCCCUCGGAUUGAUUCCUGAAUGGUUUCAUCAUCAAACGUCUCGUGUUUCACUUCAAGAAAAACAACCGUAUUAACAGACUUUAAUAUGAAUAAUAUGAAAGUUCCCUUGUCUUUCCUCAGAUUUCUUGGUCAUGUGUUUAAUAUAAGAGUACAUUUUGUCGAAGCUGUUUGUGCAAUAAAUUAACAUGUCAGAACAUUUUA